AUGAAAGUUUUAAAUAAGAUGGCGUGCUUUUUAGCACUGUUUGUUUUAGUUUUAUGUAAAACUGAAGAACUGAAAAAUGAGUCCGAACAUAUUCAUACAAUACAUCAUCAUCAUGUUCAAAAGUAUGAAGUCAUUAAAAAAGUAGAAGUUCCAAUUAUAAAAGAAGUAAAAGUUCCGUAUUACGUAUAUGUACCUAUAAAAUAUCCUUAUACAUAUACAGUUAAACCUUUCAUAGUAAAGGUUCCCAUUGAGUAUUAUAAUACUCAAAGCGACGAGCAUGGCCAUGUCAAAGUAAUUCCACCUCAUGAAGAUCAUGAAGAACAUUCUGAGCACCAUGAUCAUACUAAUGAAGAUGCAAAUCAUCAAGAAAAUUUUGAUUAAUACAGUUUUUAUAAAAUUAUUUGUUGAUUUUUUGUUCUUGAUUUUUGUUAUUAAAU